CUCUGCUAGGGUGAGAAAUGGUCAGUGAUGUGUUCUCUAAUUUAUGUCUGGAAGUAGCUUGCAAGCUAGCUAACUUGAGCCAGUUAGCUUGGGUGCUUGACAGCCGUUGUGAGGUCAGAACACUCGGAUCAACCCUACUCCUCGACCAGAGUGUCCAGUGUGCACUCUGAACGCUCCGAGAGUGGAUUUACGAACGCCCCGAGCACACUCUGACUGGGUGCUCCCAGGAUAGAACGCUCCCCGGAUAGAACAAGGCCGCGCUUGUUUUUGUUGGACCUAUGUUGCCCGGACAACAGCGCAAGUCAAUCCCUAUUUUGAAAGCGUUUUCCAGUUGCACAUUUGCUUCCUAUUUACAAACGCCGAGGUGUAUCAUGAAUGAUCCAGUGGCAACGACGAACGAAGGGCCACCAACGGAUGGAAAAUCAGUCAAUCUCAUUGGGAAUCUGUUGAGAAGAUUAUCAAGAGCCGAGCCUGUUCCUGAUGACGAUGAGGAAGAGGAUGAGGCGCUUCCCCCACCACCACCACCACUAAUUCCACGAGGCCCACUAGUGAAUUUGCAUUCUAAAAGGAUGUCUAACAGUCCAUCUGAAAAACUGCAGGGAUUUCAAUAAAAACUCUUCCAUAAAGAAAGGCACCCAGGGCUUCCUGAGGGCAAGUAUUGGGGAGAAGGUGAAGUGUACUAUGGUCCAGCCCUACAAGGACUCCAAGGCUGAGCACUCCAAGUUCCCCCUCUGCUUCAAUGAGUGGAAGUAUUUCUCCAUACAGAUUCCUAAGAGCACUGAUAACACGCUGGGUGUCUGUGAGUCACACCAUCUGGUGGUGGAGCUCAUCUUCUUCGAGCAGGACACCGGAGUUCCCAAGCUCAUAGGAAAGACCUUUGUCAAACUGCUGGACAUCCUCAGUAAAUCACAAAUGAACCACCUGCUGGAGCUGAGGCUCAAGCGCCAGAUCAUCUGUAAGCUGGAGAUGGAGAUGGUGAUUGCGUAUGGAUCCUUGGGUUACGGAUACUCCCACCAGUUGAAGCACCCAAAGAGAAACAUGGAGAGCCUAGUGGAGCGCUCGCUCUUCCUCCGCCGUCCACCACCGGACGACCGCAAAGACCAUCACUAUAAUGUGGUCACUCCUAAGCCAGUACCUUAUUCAGACUUUAUCGCAGCGCUGAUGUACAGAGAGACCACCAACCCAGACAACAGGACGACUUACCCCUCAAACAGCACAAUCUCCCCCAUCAUCCUGGAACGUAUGGAGAAGAGGGGCAGGCUACUGCAGAUGCAUGAGGAGAUGGAGGCGUUUGAGUCGUCCGAGGACGCCCUGCAGUACCUGGAGAAACUGGUGAUGAAGAAAGGGAUUAGAACCGGUACCCCCUGGAGGAUGAACAAGAGGUUCAAGGUUCUCUCUAAGUGGAGGAAAAAGGCAACCAUGGUUUCCAAGCUGCUCAAUUUUGGAGGCUGCUCAGAGGCGGCGAAACAACAGAGAGACAAAGUUUUGCCCACAGGGCCAUUGGGUGUGACUCCCCCUGUGCCACUUUUAAAGCACCUUGCCAUGCAACAGGAGAAAAUACCCUUAGUCAAUGAGAACGAAGUGUCUGAAAUGAGCAAGCCUCCAUCUCCCAGAAAGACCCUGGCUGCAGCACCUGGCCUGUCCACAUGUAUGGCCUCCACCCAGGUUGCCCAGUCAGCCCCAUUCUCUCCACCUCCAUCUGAUCAAUAUACCACACCGCCAACAUCAGCCGUGGCCCAUAAGGCAUCUCCUCCUAGCAGUGUGGCCUCCAGCUCCAUGGACCACCCUGUCCAGUCCAGGGCCACCUCUUCCCCCAGACACGUCACCCUGGUCCUGCCGGAGGGUCCCGCCACCUCAGCCUCCACCUCCGCUCAGCCCAGUACCAGACACAUCCCUAAACCCACCAAUGUGGCUCCCAUCCACCUGACCUCCCUCUGUGUUCUUACUACCCUGGAGGAAGACGGAGAGGAGGAAGACGGAGAGGAGGAGGUCGAGGAGAAAAAGGAGGUGCAUGCUCCAGUAUCGUCCUCCCUCCUCAAGACGCUCUCCUCUCUGACGCUGACCCCCGAGAUGGCCCUCCAUGCCACCCUGGUGCCCCCACACCAACAGAGCAGGCAUGGGCAGCUGGAGGAAUGUCAGCCAGCUAACCCCAGCAACCAGCAGGAGGAGUGUCAGCCAGCUAACCCCAGCUACCAACCUUACCAGGAGAGCCCGUCCAGGGGGAAGAGUGACCGAGACCAGGGGGGGACUGGUAGUGGUGCCGCUGGAGGAGUGAGGGAGUCGGGGUGGACCCAGACCGAGGCUGCUGGAAUGGGCAGCAUUGGAAGUCGGUGGAAGCGGAAUUUUGCUGGGCUUGGUUCUCUUGGUUCCGGAGGGCAGAGGAGGGAAGAAGAUGCCCCAUGCAGCAGCACUGCCCUCAGGUCCCCUACACUGAUCGACCUGGCCCCACCACGGCUGCUGGGGGCCUGGACCGAGAACACUGCCACUGUGCCGACACCCAUAGGAGGGGGUGGGGGAGGCCUGGACUGGAGAUCUGGAGGUCUGCCCGCCGCCCAGAGAACCAGCCCGACUCUCUGCUCUCAGUUAAUCUCCCCCCCGUCCAUCCCUCCGUUAUCCGACCCUCUGAGCCAGAGCCCUAUGACGCGCUCCCCCCUGCCGCACCUCGGCUCACGGGCCACCGACACACCUUCUCCAGACCUGGAAACCUGGACCCUAGAUAGUUCCUCCUUCCUCGGUAGCAUGCUGUGUGAGUCCAACCCUCCAGAUCUACGUGUAGGCCAAACCAGCGGUGGCAGCAACACUGACAGGCACACCCAGAGAUCAGGAGGAGCCAGCUCCAGCACAGAACCACUCACCACACUCAACUCCUGGCUCAGCAGUGACAAUCUCCCCACCGGAGCUGGCUCAGACUCUGGACAGUGGUCCCUCCUCUCAGAGAUCGACAUGUCACCACUCCGCAGUGGACUGGUCUUCUCCCCCCUCACCCCCAUCUCCUCCUCCGACCCCCUCACCCCCAGCUCCUCCCCUACCAGAAGCACCAGAGGCAGCAAGCCAGGCAAGGAGAGACCCAGGGUCGUGGAGACACCUCAUUCCCCGUAUCACAGGCGCAACAGAGACCACAGAGAUUAUUAUGGGAAGAUGUAGCAAAAAUAUAUAUUUUUUGGCAGCCUAUUUUGUCAAGUUCAUUGCCUUUUACUUGGGAAAUUAUCUGAUUAGGUUAUCUAAGGAUUAAUUCAAAUGUUUAUUUUAUCAAAGAAUUU